UUAAAGUCUUGUGUGUGUUUGUGAAGAUCACAUUAACCUCAAAUCUCACUUAACUUACUAACUUACUUGAAUAGUUAAAGUACCUGGUAAAAGUGCAAGGCAAAAUUUAAAACUGUUCCAGUAACAAGACUUGCAUUCUCCUGCGGUUUUCGGUAGCAACACUUUUAACAAUGAUAAGAUAUUGCUCCAGUGUUAGAAUACCUAGUCAAUAAUUUUUAAUCCAUAUAGGCCUAGGCCUACAUCAUAUUUGAGCAAAAAAUUUGCAUCAUGAGUGAUCCACUGAGAAAUUUCAAGGAUUUUCUUCUGCAAUACAAUAGAAUAUCUGAAAGCUGUUUCCUCAGAUGUAUCAACACAUUUGGCCAGCGGGACAUGACUUUUGAGGAGAUCAACUGUUCGGAUGCGUGUGUGCAGAAACAUACAAAACUGAAUUUAAAGGUGAUGCAAGUUUAUGUAGAAGUACAGCCUCAAAUAGUUCAAAAGCGAAUUGAAGAAAUGAACAAAACCCAGCAAGUAGCUGCUGGACAAGAAGCCAUAAUUAACACUGCUGGUGUUGAAACUUCUCAAACUGUAGACGUGGCUGAGAAAAGCAGUACAUUGCAAAGUUGAUUACUGCU